AUGAAAGAAAUGCACAGAGAAGGAGUUGUUGAUGUCAUUGCUGAUACUUUAAAUUCAGUGAUAGCCACAAUAAAAAUAUUUAAAAUCACAAAAUACACAUUUCAUCAAAUAAGAGUAAUUGAAAAAAUUCCAAAAUCUGAAAAAGCACAUGAAAUACUUGAAAGGUUACGCGAUGAUCGAGGGAUAAAAGCCAUAAUGCAAAAAUAUAAAUUUUCAGUUGGAACGUUGCAAGAGAUGGAUUUUUCUAGAAUGUUUCUAUCAUCUAAUAAUACAAAAUUAUUGGGAUAUAACGUCAACAAAGGAGAAUCAAUCUCGUUGAUAUUGAGACAUUAUGCUAAUAUUAAAAAAAUUUUAUUGCAUGAGUUAACACAUAAUGUUUGGGAUGGACACGAUGAAAAUUUACAUCAACUCAAUAGACAACUUAAUAAAGAUGCCGUCUCAUUAGAUUGGACUUUAUCAGAUGGCAAAAAACUUUCCAAUGAGGAGUUUUAUAAUCCAUCAGAACAAGAAGAGAUUGAUACUAGAUCAUGGCAAGGUGGUGCUUAUGUGUUAGGCGGUGAUACUGAACGUGCUAAAAUGCUUUCUAAACAUGAACUUUAG